AUCAAAGCCACCACACGUUUACGGAGUGGCGGCCUGAUCAUCGAACUAACGACAGUCGAAGCAGCAAAAUGGAUAUGCGUACCAGAAAACAGGCUGAAGAUCACCAAUGCAUUCGAAUCACCAGCCCUAGUCAAAGAACGCAGAUACACCAUCAUCGUCCCUUUCCUCCCGAUCAGUUUAGGCAUUGAAGAUGCAGAUUGGCGAAGGGAGAUUGAGAUAGAAAACGGAAUGCAAAUGGGCGCUAUAGAAGCAGCAGGAUGGAUUAAACCCAGGAUCCGGAGAGCACCAGGGCAAAGUGUAGCUCACGCAACACUCCACUUCGCAGACCCUUCAGCAGCAAAC